AUGGGCAAGAAGCUGAGUGCAGGCCUAAGCUCAUCAGAGGAACUUGCAGCCUUCCGCUUCCCAAUUACCUCUUGUGGCUCGACCCAGCGGAGAGUGACUGGUUUGUUCUCCUUGUUUCUGUUAGAUGGCGACUACAGGCUGUGGUACAAGGACAGUGACUACCCCAUUGAGAGGAUCCUUCGGGAGUCGGUGUUUGUUGAGGUUCGUGUGAAGGAUCGCACUGACCCAAUGAUUGUCCUGAGAUUGCAUGACUGCUGGGCAACCCCUGUGCCAGCCCCUGACCAUGAGGUGCAGUGGAGUCUCCUGGUGGAUGGGUGCCCCUAUGAGGGUGAUGACUACCUGACUGUCCUACGCCCAGUAGAUGCCUCUUCUGGCCUGCAGUUCCCAGCCCAUCACAAGCGGUUUGAAGUGAAGACCUUUGUUUUCUUGGAUGGAGUGUCUGAGCAGCCCCUCUCUGGACAGGAGAACAGCCAGUCUAAGCAGUUGCUGAAUGAGAACGGUGCUGCUGGAUCUCCUGUUGUGGUUGGAGUAGCCAUUGGGUUCCUGGUGUUGCUUUUGGUGGUGAUGGCUGCAGUGUACAGAAUGAAGAACCCAGUCCUGUCUGUGCCCAAUGUCACAAGAUUGAACUGUAGCCCUUGA